AUGAGCUGGUUUGAUCGUGAACCUAACAACUUCACUACAGACGACAGCGAGGAGGCCCGCCACCACGAGGAGGUCACCCAGCGCCCUCACGAGGCCAAGUGGUCCCACGAGCUCAUCGGCGGUGCCGCUGCAUAUGAGGCCAUGAAGGCCUACGAGGAGCACGAGCAGCGCGAAGGCAAGAUUGAGAACCAUGCCAAGGCUAAGGAGAUCCUCGCUGGCUUUGCCGGUGCCUUCAUUGACCGCGAGGUUGAGACCCGCGGUCUGGAUUUCAUUGACAACCAGAAGGCCAAGCACCACGCCAAGCAGGUCUACGAGCAACGUAUGGAGCAGAGUGACCGCUGGUAA